AAUCAGUCUUUAAACAACACAGACCUCCUUCAUCAUGUACAAGCUGGUGGUGUUGUUCGCUACUCUGGCUCUUGCCUAUGCGAAACCUAGUGGAAUCGCACAUGGCGUAGCCCCUGUAACUUACACUGCUUCAGUACCGGCCAUUUCGGCAGCCGUCAGCCACCAAAGUAGGACCGACUUCGUUAGUAACCCCGUAUUCACUUCUUAUGCGGCGGCUCCUGUUGUCGCCGCUGCUCCUGUUGUACAGACCGCCGAGGUGGUAGCUGCCGCCCCCGUCGUGAAAACAACACUCACAGCCGGUCCACCAGUGACUCACUACGCUGCUGUCCCUGUCACCGGAACCGCCUACACCCAGAACGUUCAUUACGCCGAAAAAGAUGUUGUAACGGGCUAUUCUUCCCAGAUUUACAAACCCAAUUUAGGAGCCUUAGCCACUCCCAUCGAAACUGUUUCCCAACAGCAAGUUCUUGCACCAGCUCGUGCCGUCCAGACCAUCACUCCAACUGUUACUCAAGUCCAACCGGAAGUCUCCGUCAGAAGAGUCGAAGUUGACGUUCCAGUACAGACCCCUGUCGUGAGCGAAGUAGAAUUACGCACUCCUGUUGUAGCCGCCGCCCCCGUCGCCAAGGUUGCUGCAGCCGUCCCCUCCAUUUCCGGUUACUCUUACUCCGUUUCGGCACCUGCUGCUGCGGCCAAAGUAGCCGCCGUCGCUCCGGCUGUUUCCAGCUACUCCUACUCUGUUCCCGCGCCCGCGCCUGUCGCCAAAGUUGCCGCCGUCGCUCCGGCUGUCUCUAGCUACUCUUACUCUGUAACGGCCGCACCCGUCGCCAAAGUUGCCCCCGUCGCUCCGGCCGUCUCUAGCUACUCCUACUCUGUUCCCGCGCCCGCGCCUGUCGCCAAAGUUGCCGCCGUCGCUCCGGCUGUCUCUAGCUACUCUUACUCUGUAACGGCCGCACCCGCUGUUUCUGUCGCCAAAGCUGCCGCCGUCGCUCCAGCUGUGUCUAGCUACUCCUACUCUGUUCCCGCUCCAGCUGCUCCUGCCGCCAAAGUUGCCGCUGUAGCUCCGGCUGUCUCUGGCUACUCGUACUCUGUCGAUGCACCCGCUGUUGGCGCUAUUGCUCCUGCAGUGACUGUUGCGCAAGUAGCUCCUGCUGUAGCUACCAGAGUUGCUGCUGUUGGUCCUGUAGCUGCGUAUGCUACAGCCCCUGCAGUUAACAGUUAUUCAUAUUCAGUUUCUGCUCCUGCUGCUGUAGCUGCACCUGUUUUUGCUUCCAGAAGUAUCAGUGUACCAUCUAGUUUUGCUACGACCGAAUUGCGCCAAGUAAAUGUAGAAAAUCAAUGGUAAAUUAAGAACUGAAACUGAUUUUGUUAUAAUUUAAUACUGUAUUUUGUAAAUACAAAAUAUAUUAAUAAAAUGCAACUAUAAUUUUA